UAGGUCUACUUCAUCUCAACUUGUCUAAUCAAUGCAAUACUGACAAGAAAAUAGCCAACCUUUAUCUUGUAAUCUUCUCAAUGUACUUCUUUCCCUGCUAGUGAUGCUGGCUUUAAUUUCUAUUCAGGAGAAAAUAAUGACAAAACAUUGCUUUGUUCUUCCACCUAAAAUUUUCCUUUAUCUAGUACUGCAUGUCUUCCUCCAACUACCAAGUAAAUAUCUUUCUUCUAACACAGUUUCUCCAAAAACUCUCCAACGAACACCCCGGUUUCAUCUGCACUUCUCCAGAUAGUUCAAUAUGAAGUUACUAGGUUGGAUGCACCGUAAAGCAAAGCAAAACAGCAAUGAGUCCGCGAAGAAUAUCAUACUAGGAAACUCUGCUACUUCCUUCUCAGCUGGCACAUUAUUUGAAGAGCAAGAAUACUAUGGAAAAGCAAACUACAGCUUCACAAUCUCAAAGCAACCUGCUUGCAAGGAAGUUAAAAGCACCGAAACAGAAAUGGCUUUGGAAGAAGAACUUUUCCAUGGCUUUCUUUCAAUUGGUACUCUUGGUUCUCAAACAAUAAAAAGUGACCCUCCAACUCCUACAUUUCCUAUGCAUCUUGAGCAUGUAAUUCAUGGUGAAGUACUAGACAUAAAAGAGAAUGAAUUGAAGUUUAUAAAUGAUGAGCUAGAGAAGUUUCUAGAAGCUGAAGUUGCUCAUGAAUCAUCAGAGAGAAGCAGCCAUGCAAGCAUUAUUACACUCAGUAGCGAAAAACAAAUGGAGGAGGCUGAAUUACAAGAAACCUAUGGUAAUUCUCUCGAAUGUCCACUCCAGAAAUAUCUAUUCGGCUAUUCAGUUGAACUUUCAGAGACAGAAGUAGAGGGAAAAAAACCAAAAGGAGAGCUCUUUAUUAAGAGGAACAACAUAGCGGGAGAGCAUCAUAUAGGAAAAGAUGGAAAAGAGAAGAAACAAACCAAGGGAAGACAUGCAAUUCAUUUUAUGAAGAAAAUGCUGAAGAAUCUCCACUCCAAGUCAAUGAGCUCGACAGAUCCUUCUUCUGGAGAUGUCAAUGAAUCUGUCUCAAGUAAGAGGAAACUCCCUCAGGUCCUAAAAAUGUUAAAAAGGAAAGUUCAUCCAGCUGAGGGAUUAACAGAUAAGAACAAGCCACUAAAGGAUGAGAUCAGAAACAUUUCCUGCGAGGCUGAUAAACUGGGAGCAAAUAAACUGAACAAAAUGUUCACUAACGCUUCCAUUCCCACUAAGAUAUUACAUGCUUCGGAAGUUUAUCCAAGUGAUAUUGGAUAUGAUGUGUCAGCAGUAAACAGGGAGCAUUGGAUUAAAACAGAUGCUGACUAUUUGGUGCUGGAGCUCUAGAUUUGAAAAUUUAGAUAAAGAAUGUAAUGCUGAUCCUCUGCAUUUUUACUCCAGGAGCACAAUAUGUGUGCAGUAUUGAGCUGUCAAUUGUCAACAAAAUAAAUGAAUCCCUCCUUCGCUCUACGUGUGUUGCUAAGUUGUAUGAGAAAUGGGUUGUUAUCAUCAAGUUUGAUCUAUCGUUGAUGUGCUAAGAAUUGUUGAGAAAGUAUUCUCAUGCUCUGAUGUAUUCAUUAUCACGGAACAUUUCCAAUGAUACGUGAAGAUCCCCAUUGAUUAUCCGUGUUAAAGAAGUUAAAACU